GUUUUCAGCGAAAACAGUUUUUCGAUGUAUUUUCGUUCACUUAUUUUAUAUGACGAAAACACAAAGUUUUACGUGAAAACAUAUUUUCUGCAACGAAAACAUGUCGGUCCGAGCGAGACGAAUGGGAUAUUAACAUUAUUUAAACGACCUAUAAAUAUUGUAUAUUGUAUAUUUUAUACUGACUUGAAAAUUCUAUCAUGCAACAACGUCAAUAAAUAUCGCGAUCCGUUGAUCUCGUCAGUAAAUAUUGACGUGUGACGGCAAUAAAUAUCAACACGAUAAAUAUUGAUCGUAUAGCGAUCGAUCAAUAUUUCUAUCACAAACCAAAUUGGCUGACGAUCCAAAACACAAUGUUAUUGAACGUGCGACAUUUGACUUGAUUUCAGACCUAAAGUUUUUGUUUAUUAAAUGGUUUGGUUAAAUUUGUUAAAUAAUGAAAAAAGAAACUCAAUUGCCAGAACUAGCAUAAAUAGGUUGGGCGAAAACACAAUUUCCUAUACGAAUUUUUACUGGAAGUACCUAUACCAAAAUUGGCCAGUUAUUAUAACAAAUGUAUCAAACGAAUGGGAAUGUAGCAAGUCGUGGUUAACCAGAGAAGACUAUGGGAAGGAUGUAGGAAAAUGUACCAAAAUAAAUUUUGAUUUUCUUAAAGAUAAAAUAGGAAACCGCCAAGUACCUGUAACACACUGUGAUAAAUCUAGUAAAGAAAAUGCUACGCAAAUGCUUUUCUUCAACUAUAUGAAUAACUGGCAAAAUUCUAUAAAUAAUUUUGAAAGUAGUGAAAUAUCAAGGCAAAGCGGUACAAAUGUAUAUUUGAAAGACUGGCAUUUAAAGGCUGAACUACCAAAUUAUGAGUUCUACAAAGUUCCAAAAUAUUUUGGUUCUGACUGGUUAAAUGAAUAUCUAGUAGAUAAAAAGAAUGAUGAUUAUCGCUUUGUUUACAUGGGACCUAAAAAUACAUGGACUCCUUUCCAUGUAGACGUCUUCGGAUCAUUUAGCUGGUCUACUAAUAUAUUCGGCACAAAAAAGUGGAUACUUUUGCCACCGGGUGAGCAGGUUAAAUUAUUGGAUCGGUAUCAAAAACUUCCUGAUGAAAUCAGUGAGGAAUCCUUGAAUAAAAGGAAUGUAAUUUAUUUUGUAAUUUAUCAACAAGAAAACGAAGCAAUUUUUGUACCUAGCGGAUGGUAUCAUCAAGUAUAUAAUAUCACGGAUACUAUAUCUGUUAACCAUAACUGGUUUAAUGCAGUUAAUAUUAAAUAUAUCUGGUAUAAUAUUGCCGGAAAUCUUAGGAAAGUAAUUAAAGAAAUUAACGAUUUUAGAGAAGAAUCUAAUUUCGAGGAGCAAUGUCAAGCAAUUCUACGCGCUGACUUUGGUUUAAAUAUUUCCGAUUUUCUAGACUUGGUGUGCUUCAUAGCAGAAAAGCGCAUAAGCAUGAAUAGCAGUAUGAAUCAUGACUUUUAUACUAAGAGCAAUUCUGAAAUUCGUUUUUUAAACAAAACUUCUAUUCUUAAUGAUUUUCAUAUCUUGUACGAUCUAAAAACUAUUAACAACUUGUUAAAAGUGAUUAUACAAGAUAAAAUAAUUUACAAAUCUACUGAUUGGUAUGAACAAUGUUUGGAAACAAUAAAUCUUACUAAUAAAUUUUGUGAGGAAGAAAUGAAUAAAGAAUAAUAUUAUGAAGUAUAAAA